CGCUCUCUUUGAUACGCGUGCGCGGCGCUGGAGUGAUGUCACUGUCACAAAAGCAUCUGCGUGUGUUGUUGUAGUUAGUUUUAAUUAACUCACCUAAAUGUGUGUGUGGGGACGGAGUUAAGGGAAAUAAAAACAAACAUCCUGGAGAAGGCCUAGUCUAUUCUCAGCGUGAAACGGAAAAUAUAUUCCCGUUGAGAUCUGUGUAAAGUGUGAGAGGGACAGAGAAUCAUUCAUGAUGCUCGGCUCUGAGGCCGCAGAGGAGGUAGCGUCCAAUGGGGCCCAGAUGCAGAAAGUCUGCGGCCUGCGCACGCGUGGCAGGGGUGAUGCAAUACCAUGCAGAAAACGAGAAGACUAUCUUGAGUGGUCAGAGUAUUUUAUGGCAGUUGCUUUUCUGUCAGCGCAGAGGAGCAAGGACCCAAAUUCGCAGGUUGGUGCUUGCAUCGUGAACCCUGAAAACAAGAUAGUCGGUAUUGGAUACAAUGGAAUGCCAAAUGGUUGCAGCGAUGAUAUUUUACCAUGGGCAAGAACUGGCCCAAAUAAAUUGGAUACAAAAUAUAUGUAUGUUUGUCAUGCAGAAUUAAAUGCGAUUCUGAACAAGAACUCUGCUGACGUUAAGGGAUGUACGAUGUAUGUGGCCUUGUUCCCCUGUAAUGAAUGUGCUAAACUCAUCAUCCAGUCAGGCAUAAAGAAAGUUACUUACAUGUCAGAUAAGUACCGUGACAUGCCAGAAAUGAAGGCCUCUAAGCUAAUGUUGGAGAUGGCUGGUGUGGAAUGCAGCAAAUUUAUUCCAAAGAACAAAACAAUUACUAUUGAUUUUGAAUCAAUAAACAAAGUGGAAGUUGUUUAGAAAUCUGUCCAAAUGCCUCAACAACAUUGGCCUGAAGCUGCAUCAUGGAAAAUCUCGUUUUCUACUUCCAUACUAUCCAGGACUUUUCUUUGUACUUACCAUUCAAACAAAUAUCCUACAAAUAGUUUACAACCUGUUUUCUAAAUAGUGGAAGUGAACUAAUUAAUAUUUUUUAAGUGCUGUGCCAGAUUUCUUUGCUGUUAGAAUUGACAGCUGCUUCAGCUUGCCGUAUAUGUGCAUUUGUUUUAUACUCUAUGUAUACAAAAUUAAGUCUUUGGUAAGAAGCCGCUGCCUGCUAUGGCAACGAACUUAAGUCAUUAACCACUAACAGUCUUACUACUUGUGGAGGUGCAGGAUGUGGGACACUGCCGUGGCGCUCCUCAGAGUUCUGUUUUGGACUAACAGAUUUACCUGGCCUUCUGAACAUAGGCUCACAACGUUUUAUUUUUGUGCUCUCCAUAAACAGUUGACUGGUUCGAGAGCUGAAUUCCUUUCUGAUCUGACCAUGCUGUGGUUAGCAUAGCAUGAACUGGCUGUAAUUUUAAGGUUACAUCCCCAUGCCUUAGGUUCUGUCAUCAAUGAAAGACCUGGUGUUAUGUCCUGCUGUCUGUCAUGUCCUUUAAACAUAUUAAGGGUCAAGAUUGUAUACUCUCCUCAACCUUUGAUACCGAAAGGAAUACCAGUCCACCUUAUCCAAUCUGCUGUCAUCAUUUAACACUUAAAGUCCCAGUGUCAUUCUAAAUCUAAUUGCAGUAUCUUCUGUACGUUACUUGUCUGUUUCUUCAUUUUCUCUGUCUAGGUCUGAUAAUGCCUAUGCACAAAGUUAUGAACCUCUUUCAAUUAGUGUGGGCUUGCAGUGAUUCUGUGCCCAUUGGGCAGAAAAGUUGGCAAUAACUAAGCAGUUCAUUCAUUAAUCACUGUCACUUAGGAACAUAUGACUUAUGAGCAGGGGUGAGCAAUUUGGACCCUGGAGCCUGCUCUGUCAUUCAAUAAUAUUGUCACCGAUCCAGUUGUAAUUUCAAUACCACAGUCCUGCCUACCCCAGUAAUUUUUCACCACACCCCCGGCCUUGCUUAUUAAGCAUCCAUCUUUUUCACCACCUUUUGAGGUGAGAAAAUAUUUCUCCUCUGGCUACGGUCGACAGCCCGUUAUUUUUAAAUGGUCGCUUGCAGCCUUUUGUACUUCAGAUAUGUUCUGCAGAUUGUCUUUUUAAGCUGUGUCCAGUUUAAUAUGUGUUUUAUUCUUAAGUGUGUAUUUUUGGUUUGGAAAUCUAAGCUUUGUUGUUUGAAACACAAAUCAAAAUUAUCUGUGCGGUUUAAGAAAUGGAAAAUUCAGAAUCCUUUCCCCAUAUCUAAAAUGUGGACUUUCACUGAUACACUCACUGUGAGAACAGAAUAAGUGAGCCACAGCCCACCUUGUAUUCAAUUCAAGAUAAAAGGGGGUGAGCACUGGUUUGUACAUAAUGUACCUCAGUGAGUGCCUCCUGUCCAGUACAAAACAAAUGAAAUGCUAAUCUUUACAUUUGCAGUUGUCAGUUUGCUGCUCUGAAAGGCUCCUAACCUGAUGAUUGGAAGAGCAUCAACAGUUAAGGUCAUGUUUAAGGAUUCCAGUUGUUCACUAGUGCAGCUGUGACCUACUUUAGAGGACUUGUGUAUAUUCCAAAUACAAAAUGAGCACUUAUUGGAAAGGGAUCAAUUCCAAAUAAUUCUAUUUCCGAUAAUGUUUUUAAAAAAAUCCUCUUAAAGCUUAAUAAAGAAAGUUAAUACAUUUAAAUAGCAUGCAUCAAUCCAGAUAGACGUCAUAACCUGACACCCAUGGAAAGGCUAAAUGACAUGAUAAUGAUUUUAUCUUCACCAUCGAGCCAAGCCAUUAAGAUCCUGAAGAAGGAAAUGAGCUCUCAGGGGAAAUAAACAUGUUUCACUUUUAGCAUUUGUUUACCGUUUCAUUAUAAUCUGAGUGAUGUGCGACCAGGGCCAAAUCUUUGCAACUUCAGCAAUCUGUUAACAACACUGGAUAAUCAUCUUUCUUUUUGUUUUCGGCUGCACUCGCUACAUUGAAAUGGAAGCUCUUGCAUAUUUUGUUUAAUCUACUCAGAUUGCCUUGUGGCCUACGGGGGGGCUUUCAUUAUGCACGGCAAUUGGCAUAUGAACUGUUGAUAACAGCUUUCAUAUUCCAUCUAAUCUGUGGAUUGCAAAACAGCUUUCGAUUCAUUUUUGAUUCUUGGUCUCAAGUGCAUUUCUUUUGGACCAAUGUCAGCUUAUUAAUGUGUAACUUUUUUGGUGGCAGAGAUAAAACAGAGUUAGGAUCGGGCUCUGGCAAUCAAAGUGCAUUUGCUUUUCAGUGUUUCAUUUUACGUUUAAAUGUACUUCCUUCAGAAUUCUAACAAUUACAGUACGAUUCUCAAAUGCUCAGUGAAGCCCUUUAUUCAAGUAGUAAUUAGUCUGAAUACAACUUGUCAGUAUUUCUUCACUUACUAUUUUCCUCUGAGACUGACAUUUAUCUUUUUGUGGUAUAUGGAAGCUUUUGAAGCAUUGGCAAUAUCUUAUGGGCAUUCUGUAAUCAAAGGUUCUUGCAAACAUUGAUAAAUGGUACUUAAUGUGAAGCCUUCACUAGAUUCCACUAGAGAGUAUUAGUUAUGUCAGAUUUCUGAUCCAGAUUGGGUAGCAUGUUAGUGUAGGCAACAGAUCUUUUCUCAAAGUGUAAAUAAAGAUUUGCAUUUAUAUUAUACCUCUUAUCAAGUCCCAAAGUGAUUUACACACACUUUUUUUGAGGCAGACACUAUUGUAAAGCAAGAAAUACAACAUCUGAUCUGCACACGGCAAACUCUCUGAAAUCACAGUGGAAUGAUUAGUUUUUUUUGAAAUAAAGUAAGUACUGGUGAAACUCAACCAGUCUAGCAUCAUCUGUGGAGAGGGAGAGAGCUAAUGUUUCAAGUCCAGUAGGACUCUUGUUCAGGACUGACAGGGGCUGAUAAGUGAUAGUUUUUUUACACUGUUGGUAGAAGGGGAGGAGAUUUAAAAGCAGUGCUAAUGGUAGCAAAGGAGAGAUUAAGAUCUAAAACUAAGACUGAGGAGUCAUCGAACUAUAUAAGCACAUAAGAAAUAGGAACAGGAGUUGGUCAUCUGGCCUGUCAGGUCUGCUCUGCUGUUCAAUAGAUCAUGGUUGAUCUUUUUGUGAAUUCAGAUUCACUUACCUGCCUUCUCACCGUAACCCUUAAUUCCUUUACUGUUCAAAAAUCUUAUCUAACUUUGCCAUAAAAAUUUUGUGAGAUAGUCUCAACUACUUCCAUGGGCAGGGAAUUCCACAGGUUCACAAUCCUUUGAGUGAAGAAGUUCCUCUUCAACUCGGCUAAAUCUGCUCCCCCCAAAUUUGAGGCUAUGCCCCCUAGUUCUAGUAGAAAUGUUAAUUUAUCUCCACCGAUUCCGUCAAAUCUAAGUUUCUCCACUUAUCUGUUUUUAUUUCAGAUUUCCAGUAUCUAUAGUACUUUGCUUUCAUUUGGCCAAAUCUGUUUGAUAUCUCAUCUAAAAGACUGUCUCGCUGAUAAUGCAGCUCUUCCUCAGUGGUAAUCUAAAUUUUGUGUUGCAUCCCUGGACUGGGCCUUGAGCCCAUUGAAGUUUGACCACAAAGUCAAUGUGUUUCACUUCCAUAGGAGCUAUGUCAUGAGAACCAUGGAACCUGGCCUUGAAACAUUAGCUGAAGUGGCCAAAUGUUUGCUGAAGUUAUACACCAGAAACACACAAUCUGGGUCAUCUAUGUCAAUACAAUGGACCUGCCUCUACAAAAAUUAGUGCAUGUACCAUUGUUAGGACAUGGUUAUAUUUGAAAAUCAAUUGCAAUGAUGAAGAAUUUUUGAGUUUGAAAAAUCACUUUGCAAACAGAAGUCCUAGCUUUCCCAUGUAUUUCUUUCUGCGAGUUAGUUCUAGAAACUCACCCUUGAAUGUGUCCUUGGGUUUAAUUAUGGAAGUUAUAUCUCUUGGUGGAAAUGUUUUUGUGUAAAAACUAUUAUUCCAUUAGAAUACUGUUUAUAAGUAUGACUGUUGGAUUGUUUUGCUUUUUGUGUUACAGCAAUAAUGAAAUAAUUUUAAUGACUUUAAUUCCUAAAAAGCAAUUCUGAAUAAAGGAAAAUGAAUCACUAAA